AUGGAUGGAUGGAUGUACCGUUGUGUGCGUACAGGUAAUGUCGAAGAGAGCGAUGAGGAUGAUGACAGUGACAGUCAGAGUGUGGGGGUCAAUGCCAACAAACAGGCGGUCACGGACCAGGCAGCCGAGGCUCGCUCAAUAUCUAAGAAGGCGCAUGAGGAGAAAAAAGUUAAAGACAAGCUCGAUCUGCAAAAGGACAAAGACAGCAAAGCCGAAAAGAAGGAGAAACGGAAGGCAGCCACCGUGAAGCAGGAGAGGCGCCGAUGA